UUGCUCGAGCAUCUCUACGCCGAAGUAAAAAAUAAACAAGGUGAAGAUUAUGAACCAGAAAGCCUUAAAGUAAUGAUGGCCUCGCUUGACAGACACUUAAAGAACAAAGGCUACACCCUGUCCAUUGUACGUGACCGAGAAUUUAGUUCGUCCAAACAGGUGUUGGAAGGCAAAGCGAAACAGCUUCGCUUGGCUGGCCGUGGUAAGCGCCCAAACAAAGCUCCACAAGUAUCAGAGGAGGAAGAAGAAAUUCUCUGGAAGAGCGGAAAAUUCGGAGGUAAUAACCCAGAAUCUUUAAUUCAAACAAUG